AGCCACCCUCACCAUGCUCGUGCCUGGGGACAAGAACUUCCUUACCAACAUCAUCUACAUUGUCUUUGAACUGGUCAUUGCCCUUCUGGCCAUCUUCGGGAACGUCCUGGUCUGUUGGGCCGUCUAUCUCAACAGCAAUCUGCAGAACGUCACCAAUUACUUUGUGGCUUCCCUGGCGGUAGCUGACAUUGCGGUGGGGGUCCUGGCCAUCCCCUUUGCCAUCACGAUCAGCACUGGCUUCUGUGCCUUCUUCUACGGCUGCCUCUUCAUCGCCUGCUUUGUCCUGGUGCUGACCCAGAGCUCCAUCUUCAGUCUUCUGGCUAUUGCCAUUGAUCGGAUUAUUGCUAUCCGUAUCCCUCUCAGGUACAAUGCUCUAGUGACCAACUCACGUGCCAAGGGAGUCAUAGCCAUCUGUUGGUUCUUAUCCUUUAUUAUUGGCCUGACGCCAAUGCUGGGCUGGCACAGAAAGACUCUGGAAGAGAAUGGGCAAAGCGAGAAUAGAACCAACUGCAGCAGCAAUAUGAUGCAUUGCUUCUUUGCGACUGUGGUCACCAUGGAUUACAUGGUCUACUACAACUUCUUUGCAUGCGUGCUGCUUCCUCUCCUUCUGAUGUUUGGGAUCUACUUGAAGAUCUUCAUGACAGCCCGGCAGCAGCUCAAGCAAAUGGAAAACAAGAUGAUGCACGGGGAACGAUCCCGAUACAUUUUACAAAAAGAGGUCCAUGCAGCAAAAUCCUUGGCCUUCAUUGUUGGGAUGUUUGCUAUAUGCUGGCUCCCAUUACACCUGAUCAAUUGCUUCACUCUCUUCUGCCCUACUUGCAGAGAGCCUCCCCCCGGGGUCAUGUACCUGGCCAUUAUCUUGUCCCAUGCCAACUCCGUGGUGAACCCCCUGAUCUACGCGUACCAGAUCCGAGAGUUCCGCUGCACCUUCAGGAAAAUCAUCCAGCAGCACAUCCUGUGCAGGAAGCAAGGCUUCAGAUCCGCCACUGCCAGCCGGAGGACGUCUGCUCACGACGGGGAGACUGAAAACACCACUGUGCAGAUCAGCAAAUAUUCCCUGGAGUUCUGCUCCGGCAGAGACUUCAGGGGCAUCCAUGGGGCUGGUUCUGGGGGGGAGAGCAUCUGCAUGGAAUGGACCCCCAACCAAAAUGGGCUAGCUGGAGAAGUGAAUGGGCACCUUGUACUUCCCUGCAAAAAUGGGGAGCUCCAGAAAAAUGGAACCGCUUAGCCAGGAGCCUCUUGGGGUUCCUGGGUUU